GGGACUCUGCAGUCGCCUCCCAGAGGGUCCCCAAAGGGAGGAAUCUGCCGGCCCGCCCUCUGGCCCUUCCGCCCCAGGCUCCCUGUCUGAUGGGGGAGGCGGGGGCGCACACCAAAGCUGCUCGCCUCAAGCCGACUCGGGUUCCCGCAGCCCCGGAGAAGAGAGCCGGAGGGGUCCGCCCGGGGACCCGGCCCGGAGAGGUGGGUGUGUCCGAAGCGGACCAGUGAGCGAGCGGAGAGCGGGGGCCGCCCCGCCUCGCCCCCGGGACUCGACUCCCCGCCCCCAACCCGGAAGCCCGCGGCGGCGCGCGCAGCCCGCGCCCCCGACACCGACCCAGCACCAUGGCCACGACCGCGCCCCUGCGCGACUGCCAGGCUUGGAAGGAUGCCGGGCUCCCUCUCUCAACCCCAAGCAACGAGGCCUGCAGGCUGUUUGAUGCCACCCUGACCCAGUACGUCAAAUGGACCAAUGACCAGAGUCUUGGUGGCGUUGAGGGCUGCCUGUCAAAGCUCAAAGCGGCAGAUCCGACCUUCGCCCUGGGCCACGCCAUCGCUAAUGGCCUCAUUCUGAUUGGCACCGGAAGCUCCGUGAGGCUGGACAAGGAGCUGGACCUGGCUGUGAAGACGAUGGUGGAGAUUUCCAAAACUCAGACCCUGACGCGGCGGGAACGGCUGCACGUGUCUGCAGUAGAGACCUUUGCCAAGGGGAACCUUCCGAAAGCCUGUGAGCUGUGGGAACAGAUUCUCCAGGACUACCCGACAGACAUGUUGGCCCUGAAAUUCUCCCACGAUACCUAUUUUUACCUGGGCUACCAGGAACAGAUGAGAGAUUCUGUGGCUCGAAUUUAUCCCUUCUGGACACCCGACAUCCCCCUUAGCAGCUACGUGAAAGGCAUCUAUUCUUUCGGACUGAUGGAAACCAACUUCUAUGAUCGGGCGGAAAAGCUCGCCAAAGAGGCUUUGUCUAUUAACCCAACGGACGCGUGGUCGGUGCACACCAUCGCCCAUAUUCAUGAGAUGAAAGCAGAGGUCCAGGAUGGAUUGGAGUUCAUGCAGCGCUCAGAAACCCACUGGAAGGACUCUGAUAUGCUUGCGUGUCACAAUUAUUGGCACUGGGCUUUAUAUCUGAUUGAAAAGGGCGAAUACGAGGCCGCAUUGACCAUUUAUGAUGACCACAUCCUCCCCAGCCUGCGGGGCAGUGGCGCAAUGCUGGACGUGGUGGACAGCUGCUCCAUGCUCUACCGGCUGCAGAUGGAAGGGGUGUCUGUGGGUGAGCGGUGGCAAGAUGUCCUGUCCGUGACCCAGAAGCACAGCCGAGACCACAUCCUUCUCUUCAACGAUGCGCACUUGCUGAUGGCGUCCCUGGGCGCUGGGGACUCCCGGACCACGCAGGAGCUGCUGACCACCCUGCGGGAUGCCAGCGAGUCCCCGGGGGAGAACCACCAGCACCUCCUGGCCCGCGAUGUGGGGCUGCCCUUGUGCCAGGCCCUGGUGGAGGCCCAGAGCGGGAACUCCGAUGGCGUGGUGGAACUGCUCCUGCCCAUCCGCCACCGGAUUGUCCAGAUCGGAGGCAGCAAUGCCCAGAGAGACAUCUUCAACCAGUUACUGAUUCACGCGGCCUUAAACUGCUCGUCCGGCAUCCACAAGAACGUGGCCCGGAGCCUUCUGAUGGAGCGAGAUGCCUUGAAGCCCAACUCCCCACUGACUGCGAGGCUCAUCCGCAGGGCGGCCACCGUCCACCUCCUGCAGUGAGGCAGCCUGGCCGCCUGCCCCGCGGAGCCUCCCGGGCCAUCAGACCAGCUGCCACACUGGCUUCGCAGGGUUACAAGUAGCUGGAGCCUGUUGAUUAGGCCUGUAAAGCGCAAAGCCCUGUAACCAGCAGCGUUACGGGAAGAGGGGACAGAAAUCAACUUUCAACAUGAUUCUGAAUCUUCUAAUCCUUGUUAAGGGCCAGGGUGCAGUUCUAAGCAGUCAGAGCUGAGGUGCGGACUGCUGUUGCACUUGCCUUGCAAAUUGUAUUUUCCCAGGGGACCCUUAUACCUUCUGGUCAGUCAGGGGUCGGAAGGGUUGGUGCUGGGCUCAGCUGGGGGAGGGGAGUCUCCUACGCAGACCCUGGGGGCACCCCUCCCCCCCAGCCUAGGCUGCCCCUGGGAUAAACCCCUUCAUUCUGUCUUCCUCCCUGUAUUCCAGGCUGGUUCUGUUGUCCGACCUUUUGGGUGAGAGUACCAAUGGGGGGGAAUGACUUGCCCAGGGUCACAGCUAGCGGAGGCCCUGCUGACAUUCACCCCAGGCCCCUGUGCUUCCUGGGAGAGGGACCCCCAUCUUGCUGCCUGCGGCCUCGGCCCUUCUGCUGUCUCUGCAGAGAUGUCCUCAAGCUUCUCCCUGGGCUUUGGUGGUGCUGGUUUGGGCUUGUUUUCUCUUUAUUCUAAGCUGCCCUUCGUAAAGGGGCCUUGGGUACCUGGUUUCGUCAGUCAUGCUUUAAUCAUAGGAAUGCACACUCACUGAGCUGGUGGUGUGCUAUCUGGGGUGUGAGAAUCGAGCUCAGAGGUUGCCUUGCUAUGGCAAAAACCAAAGCAUUGUGAUGUGGCUUGAACAAGAUCUG